AUGGUCGAACCACAAGUCGAACCAGAAGAUAUCCCUCUUCCAAAUCAUACAGCCUCUAUGGUCACAGUUCGCUUGUCGCUCGAGACUGAAGCUUCACCCCUUGAUCCCCGCCCUCGCUCGGACAGUGUAGCUAGCAGACCACUCAGCAUUUCCACGACGUCGUCAAAGAGCUCGAGGCCCGAGUCUGAUGGCUCAAGUAGCCCUGUCGACUGGGAGGAGCUCGAGAAGACCGAACAGCAAGAGCCUAAGGACAGUGCUACCGACGAAUCGACUGCACUACUGCUUGCUCGAUUAGAGUCUGCCAAUGCAGCUAUCAUCGCUGACCCUAAGGCCGCCGCGCCAAAGUCCCAGAAGCGAAGAAGCACACGACCACCCUCGAUACAGUUCCUCAAGAAGCUCAUCGAUGGACCGCAGCCCGAAUCCCUGCGCUAUUCCAUGCUACCUACACCUCAGAUGACCGAAUAUGAGUUCUGGAUAGCCCUUGUGUCCGAUACCAAGCAGACGGUAGAACGGCUGCCGACACUCACAGCCAACAAGAUAAGAGGCGGUGUGCCUCCACCGCUUCGAGGCCCUGUCUGGGUCAGCAUUGCUGGAGCAAGAGAUCCCAACCUGUACACCGAAUAUCAGCGACUGGCGAACGAACCAAGUCCAUACGAUGGCAUCAUUGGCAAGGAUGUCGGCCGCAGCUUCCCAAAUGUCGCCAUGUUCUCAGAAACGGGUGGCGAGGGUCAGCAAAUGCUUGGCCGAGUCCUUAAAGCCUUCUCACUUUACGACAGUGACAUCGGCUACUGUCAGGGGCUUGGUUUUGUCGUUGGCCCUCUACUCAUGCACAUGAGCGAGCCCGAGGCUUUCUGCAUCCUCGUCCGCGUAAUGGAGGGCUACGGCAUGCGAUCAUCAUAUCUCCCUAGCUUGGACGGGCUGCAUCUCAAGAUCUACCAAUUCUCAGCACUGCUGAAGCAGCAUCUUCCCGAACUCAACAAGCACUUCGAAGAAAUCGACCUCGGUGCAUUAUGGGUUUCGAAAUGGUUCUUGUCGUUCUUCUCAGCAACAUGUCCGCUACCGAUGCUACUGAGACUAUAUGAUCUGAUCCUAUCGGAGGGCGCCACUGAAACUCUAAUGCGCUGCGCGUUGGCCCUGAUGCAGAGGAAUGCUGAGAAACUCAAAUCUCUAGACUACGAAGAAGCCAUGUCUUUGGUUGGCGGACGUCAAGUCUUCGAUUGUUACGCCCAAGAUGGUAAUGCUUUGAUUCAGGAUGUCGUUUCCUUCACUUCUGUCGUUAAUCAAGAGUCGCUCAAGGCGCUCGAGCAAGAAUUUACCCUGGCGCAAAUGCCAACUGUUGCGCCUCAAUCCGCGCUCAAAUCGACGGCGGCAGCUAUCCUUGGUCGGUUCUGGAGUGGGUCCGGGCACAUGUCGACCAAGUCGGGCAAUCUCAGCCUUACCAUACCCGGCGCCGCUAGUCUCAGGGUCUCUUCUUCAAGUCACAGCCUCACGUCCACCGUGCAUUCUAUGGUCACCGUUUCAGACGCCAGCACAGCUCCUACAGACAUCGACGAGGACGCCUCAAUAAAGCGAGCCACAUCUUUUGGCGAACAACAAAUACGAUCCGCUGACGACCGUGGCCUACACAGUCAAAUCGAAGACCUCCUCACCGCCCUCAGCCACCUCCAGCGCCAGCACUCAGACCUUCAAGAAGACCUCCGACGAGAACGCGAAGAGCGAGCCGAGGACGUCACAGUCGCCAAAGAACUACUCUCCCGCUUCCGCAUACAGACCUCACUCAUCCACGAACUCGCUGGUGGCGAGCCAGACGAGACCGACACCACGAUGUUCCAAUUCAUGGAAAAGGCCGCCCUCCAAUUCAACUCAUCAGAAGGCCAACGGCAGUCCAUCAUUCUCAGCAAACACGCCCUCCGGGAUACCGCUGACGAGUGGCAAUCCCGCUACGAUGCGGAAUGCGAGCGUUCGGCAGAGCUACAACAAAAGCUUUCAGAGCGAGACGCUGAGCAUCGGGAUUUGAAAGACCAUCUGCGGGAUGCACGCGCCCGUAUUCAAGACGCGCAUCAGUCGAAGCAGCGCUUGGAGCGCACGGUCCAAGAACUUCGCGCGCGUCACCCAUCAACACCAGAAUCGCCAUCGGACAUGUACACGCCCAUUACACCCAGCGCGGACUUUGGCGAGCUUAAGAUGCCGCCACCGCCUAAACAGCCUGGUCUUCGGGAAUUCAAGCUUGGUCGCGCGUCAGAGCCCCGACCGUCCUCCGUCAUCUUCUCAAAACGUGCCAGCAGUCUGAAUGCUGCUGCCAUCGUCUCCAAUGCCAUCACUCACAACACCGCCAACAGCAUCAGCAGCAGUGCAGAGCAGCAACCAUCCCCAACUCAACCCGCGAACGACGCGCUGCUCCUCGAGCUCGCAACCGCAAAGACAGCUGAAGCGGUCGCCAGGCAGGAACUCGAGGAGACGAGAGGCAAGUUGGAUGCGUUGCGGAAGAUCAUGGGUGGACCGUCGACAAGUCCGAUUGGCAGGACGGUGUCGAGUUCGGAAUCGCCGACGGGGAUUGUUCCGAGCACGCCGGCGAGGGAGUCGCCUAAAGCCAUACAUGCGCCGAGCGCGAGCGCCGGUGGUGGUGGAUUCUUCAGCGGUUGGGGUAGGAGGACUUGA